CCGCGUUUCUUCUGCAGCUUGUGGUGACUGUUAGAGAGAGAGACAGAGAGGAGAGAGAGAUUUCAUCUCCUUCUUCUUCACCGAAUUCAGUUCCUUCUUUAAUCCGCCAUUUUUCUCAACCGGUUUGAACAACAAGAACCAGAAGAAGAAGAAGAAGAAGAAGAAGAAGAAGAAGAAGCUGUUUAGUUCUUCGAUUCCCUCUCUAUGGGCUGUUCUGCUUCCAGACCCAUCACUUUCCCCUCCGCCGACGCUGAGACGGCUUCCCCUUCCUCUCCGCCGCUUCCCAGAGCUUUCUCUCUUCCGACGCCGCUCAUCCACCACCCCCCCAUCAAACACGGCGACACCCACCAUCUCGUCACUCUCACUUCCACCACCUACGGUUCUCUCCUCCUCAUCGACCGCCCCAACCCCAAUGCCUUCAAAUUCACCGCCCCAGAACACGCCGACCACUCUCAAUCAUCCACCGCCGCCGAUUCGGACCACGCUUUUUCCCCCGAUUCCGUCAUCAACACCUGGGAACUAAUGGACGGCCUCGAUGACCCCAUUCCAAACCCCAACCUCGCGAUUCAGAAACCCCCCUUCAAAACCGUCGGAUCCGAGGAUUUCGAUGCGCCGUCUUCCUUAGUCAAACCGCUCUGGCAGCAUUUGUCCGAAGAAGCUCUCCUCGCUAAAUUAGACCCUAACGUCGUUUUAAGUUACCGACGAGCUCUCUCCUCCCGGCAAUUAGCCUCCAAUGGCUACCAAAAAACCGCCAAAUCAGUCGAUUCCAGUCCGAUAUGUUCUUCAUUCCCCGGCGGAGAAGACAAAGUAGUAAUCUAUUUCACGAGCUUGCGAGGAAUCCGGAAAACCUACGAGGAUUGCUGCUGGAUUCGCACGAUCUUCAGAGGAUUCAGAGUUCCGGUGGACGAACGCGACAUUUCCAUGGAUUCAUCGUACAGAAAAGAGUUACAGAGUGCGAUUGGAGGGAAGAAAUUAAGUCUACCACAAGUGUUCAUACGAGGAAAUCACAUCGGCGGUGCCGAGGAAAUCAAACAGCUAAACGAGUGCGGGGAAUUGGGAAAGCUCUUAGUGGGAUUUCCAGUUCGGGAGGUGAAAACUGUGUGUGAACGGUGUGGGGAAGCGAGGUUUGUGCCGUGCCCUAACUGCCAUGGCAGCCGGAAGGUGUUCGAAGAAGAAGAAGGAGAGCUGAGAAGAUGCCCUGAUUGUAAUGAAAAUGGCUUGAUUAAGUGUCCUGAUUGCUGCAUCUGAGUGCAAAGAAUUUAGCUCUCCUCCAAUCAAAGCUCCAACAAUGGCGAUCUCAGCAUCAUGCGGUCCAUUCAUGUAAUUUUCUUCAUUAUUUCACGAA